AUGGUUCGGACAUGGACGCUUUGUAUGCGCAAGUUGAGAGCUUGGACAGAAAUUCUGCACAUCUUAUUGGUUGUGUUGACAUCUCUUCCGGCAUUAGUGCUAUCUUUCGAUCAAUCUGAAAACCCCCAUGGAGCCACUUCUCAGAAGCUAUAUGAAAGACCCCCAGAGUUGUAUCCCGUAACCAAGACAACGGAGAAAAUAUCCAGCCAAAAAGAAAAGGCGUCGAGCAUGGACUCGAGCAGUGGUUGUGAUAGGAGUGAUAUAUACUUGGCCUCGGACGAAAUUUGGGGUCAUUUCCACUCAUCUCUUGUUUAG